AUGGCACCUCCACUUGUUGCAGCGUUGCUUUCGCCUUCAUCCACCAUCGAUUCCCGGCCCCUUGAUUCCCGCGCUAGCUUCGUUCACCCGGGUCUCCUCCACACUGAAGCAGACUUUACACGAAUCAAAUCCAAGGUCAACUCAAAGACAAAUCCGUGGUACGCAGGUUGGAACAAGUUGGUGGCUCAUGCCAACUCUGGCUACGUGCCCAGCCCCAAGCCCACUGUCUAUCGCGGUACUGGUUCGCCUGAGAACUAUGCCAGCUUGUACCGCGACGCAGCUUCUGCAUACGCCAACGCCAUCUACUGGAAAGUCACAGGGGACACAGCUUACGCCACAGCUGCAGCGAAGACGCUGGAUGCUUGGAGCAGCACUCUCACCUUUAUUGACGGUACCUCUGACAAGUUCCUCGCCAGCGGCAUCUAUGGGUACCAGUUAGCCAACGCAGCCGAGAUCCUGCGCGGCUACUCUGGCUGGCCGGGUCUUGCUGCCAUGAAUACCAUGCUCCAAAAAGUGUUCUAUCCCAUGAACCAUGACUUCCUAGUCAAUCACAACGGUGCCAAGAUCGAUCACUACUGGGCCAACUGGGAUCUGGCGAACCUAUGUACAAUGUAUGCUAUAGGUGUUUUGUCCGACAACGCCACUAUGGCAAAUGAAGCCGUUAAUUAUUUCAAGGGCGGCGCAGGCAACGGCGCUAUCGAGAAGACGAUUUGGGUGACAUACACCGAGUCCGGGAGCAACAAAAUCUUGGGGCAAAACCAAGAGGCCGGAAGGGACCAGGGCCACGCCAUGCUGGAUUUUGCGCUCUUAGGAGUGCUUGCUCAACAGGCAUACAAUCAGGGAAAUGACCUGUUUGGCUACCUGUCUAACAGAAUCUUGACUGGAGCGGAAUACGCCGCCAAGUACAACCUUGGCUUCGAUGUUCCUUACACCACCUAUGUCAACAGCGACGUGACGCAGACCACCAUCAGCAACGUGAGCCGAGGCGAUAUCCGCCCGAUUUGGGAACUGAUAUAUGGCCAUUACGGCUCCCUCAAAGGCCUGAACGCAUCUUGGUCGAAGCAGUACCGUGACUUAGUUGUGUCCAACGGAAGCGGAGCCGAGGGGGGUGGCGGAGAUUAUGGCCCAAACAGCGGUGGUUACGAUCAGCUCGGAUUCGGUACCCUUCUGUACCGGUUGGAGGCUUGA